AUGUAUGCACAUGGGCAUAGGGAAUGGAAUGACCCUUAUGCCCGUGUUGACAUGGCAGAGAUGUGGAUAUCUAACAAGUGGUACUGCGGGGGAGGGGCUCCAGCAUCAGGAACAUCGACGACAACAACUCAACAAUGGCCCAGGAAAACAGCUCGCUCGCCGACGUUGAUGGACAACGUCCCGGCAUUCGGUAAUUCGGUUCACGGGGGCACUACGGUACGGAGCAUGUAUGACUGGCUGGGACAUGGGUUGGUGAGCAUGGAAGAUGUGGGGUUGCAACGAGACAUGGCUCGGCCAAAGGGGGCCCCCCAGGACGCCCUCUGA